CUAGUAUUAUUCGUCACUUUAACCCAGAUUUAAAAGUUAGGUGUUUUAAUACAAAUUGAAAAAUUUUUCCAGUAAAUAAAGAACAUUGUGAGAGAACAAUUAAAAAAUGUCUAUAGCUUUGAACGUAGGUAAACUACGUAUUGCCGGAAAUAUUUCAACAUUAUGCAAAAAAUUAUCUACCAAUGUAGCUUCAAAGUUGAUUUAUUUUGAAUAUGGAGAUCCUAUUAAAGUAAUUCACGUAGAACAAGAAAAUUUAUCGGAGCCAAAAGAACAGGAGGUGCUGGUAAAAAUGUUAGCAGCACCUGUCAAUCCUGCUGAUAUAAACACUAUUCAAGGGAAAUAUCCUUCUAAACCACAAUUGCCUGCAGUACCUGGAAAUGAAGGCGUUGGUAUUGUUGAGAAAGUUGGCUCUGAUGUUGUUGACAUUACUGAAGGAGAUCAUGUGGUUCCACUAACAAACAACUUAGGUACAUGGCGAACUCAUAUUUUAUUGAAUUCAGACAAAGUAUUCAAAGUACCUAAGGAAUUAGGUUUGGUAGAAGCUGCUACUCUAACUGUCAAUCCUUGUACGGCUUACAGGAUGCUAAGAGAUUUUGCUGUUUUAAAACCUGGUGAUACUGUUAUUCAAAAUGGAGCUAAUUCAGCUUGUGGACAAAAUGUUAUUCAAAUAUGUAAAUCUUGGGGAAUAAGAACUAUUAAUGUAGUUAGGAAUAGACCUGAAAUCAAUGAAUUAAAAACGUUUUUAAAAAAUCUUGGAGGGACGUAUGUGUUUACUGAGGAUGAGUUACGAACAACAGAUAUUUUCAGAAACCACCAAAUAGAAAAACCAAAAUUAGCACUAAAUUGUGUAGGAGGAAAGAGUGCACUUGAUAUAAUGAGAUAUUUACAAAAUAGUAGUCCAAUUGUAACUUAUGGUGGUAUGUCAAGGGAGCCAGUAACUAUUCCCACUUCUGCUCUUAUAUUUAAGGAUAUUCAAGUGCGUGGAUUCUGGAUGACAAAAUGGACACAAAACAUGGGGGACAGCGUUGAGAGGAUAGAAAUGUUCAAAGAAUUAAUCUCUAUGAUGACUAGUAAUGAUUUACAUGGACCUUCUCAUCAGAUGGUUAAAUUUAAAGAUUAUAGUGAAGCUCUAAUGAAUACUUUAACUAUUAAUGGCAUGACAGGGAAGAAAUUUAUAUUAGAUUUCACUAGUUAAUUUUGUAAUUCAAUAAAAGUUUAUUAAUAAUUAUAUAUACUGUAAAUAUAUGGAAUAUAAUAAUAUAUAAGAAAAUAUUAAAUGAUAAUAUUCAAUGUCAAAGCCAUUUAGCAAUAAAAUAAACUUAAUUCUUUAUCGAAAUUAUAGAGAAUCUUGAUCAAAAUUAAUUUUGUAUAUAAAAAUGUACCAAUCGUCGAUACUUUAAGGAUUUAACUUUUUUAAUUUGGCUGUAAGUUAUAAUAAAAUACAAAAUA